AUAAACCUUAAUUAGAAGCAAACCCACUUUGAAGCCAAAAUUUUUGUUGGGUAUUUUCUUCUCUUCCCAAAAGGGAAAGUCAGAGUUGAAGGUGAUGAUGCAGAUCGUGAUCAGAGUCCGUAAAAGCUGCAUGUUGCUAUUUACGGCUGCAAUCAUCAUCACAUGUCCCUUCCGUAUUUUGCCUAUUUAGAAACCAAUCCACUCUUUACUAUUACUAAUAUGCUAUAAUGAUUGAAUAAUACUAAUACUUAAAUAUAAGUAAGCACCAGAGAGAGAGAGAGAGAGAGAGAGAGAGAGAGUAUUAAAUUAUUAUUAUGGCAUGGCAGUGUCUCAGUUCUAACUGCUGAGUUCUGUUCUGUGAGCUUGAAGGGGUUCCAACUUCCAAGUUCCAAUCCCAAAGGGCGGUGAUUAAGAUUUUGUGCUUCGUCACAAUUCACAACCAGACAUAUAUAUGCAGAUGCAGCUGUAACAGUAAAGUUGCUAGCGGGGAUUUUUAUUCCCAAGCUACUUCUGCUUCUAAUAAAAACCUCACCCUUCUCUCUGCUCAUCAGAAUUUUUCCUUGCAAGUGCAGUUGAAGUGACAAUGUCCUCUUCAAGGCCCAGCCAAUCAUCCAGCAAUAAUUCUGGCAGAUCUAGAACAUCAAGACUCAGUGCUAGGAGGAUGGCUCAGACAACUUUAGAUGCAAAACUGCAUGCAACUUUUGAGGAAUCGGGUAGUUCUUUUGACUACUCCAGUUCAGUGAGAAUGUCUCCUGCUGGUACUGUCAGUGGAGACCAUCAACCAAGGUCUGAUAGAGCAACAAGUUCUUACCUCCAUCAGACACAGAAAAUCAAGCUUAUCCAGCCAUUUGGGUGUUUGUUAGCUUUAGAUGAGAAAACAUGCAAGGUCAUUGCUUACAGUGAGAAUGCACCUGAAAUGCUCACCAUGGUUAGUCAUGCUGUCCCCAGUGUAGGUGACCACCCUGCUCUUGGCAUUGGCACUGACAUAAGAACUAUUUUCACUGCCCCAAGUUCUGCUGCUAUUCAGAAGGCACUGAGAUUUGGGGAUGUUUCACUUCAUAACCCCAUUCUAGUCCAUUGCAAGACCUCUGGGAAGCCCUUUUAUGCAAUUAUCCAUCGUGUUACCGGUAGUGUGAUCAUCGAUUUUGAGCCGGUCAAGCCUCAUGAAGUUCCCAUGACUGCAUCAGGAGCCCUGCAAUCCUACAAGCUUGCAGCAAAAGCAAUAACUAGAUUGGAAUCCUUGACUACUGGGAACAUGGAAACACUAUGUAACACAAUGGUUCGAGAGGUUUUUGAGCUCACAGGUUAUGACAGAGUGAUGGCUUAUAAAUUCCAUGAGGAUGAUCAUGGGGAAGUGAUUGCUGAGGUUAAAAGGCCAGGCCUAGAGCCAUAUCUGGGGUUGCACUACCCAGCCACUGAUAUUCCUCAGGCGACACGCUUUUUGUUUAUGAAGAACAAGGUGCGUAUGAUAGUUGAUUGUUGUGCAAAGCAUGUGAAUGUGCUUCAAGACAAAAAAAUUCCAUUUGAUUUAACCUUGUGUGGAUCAACCUUGAGAGCUGCUCAUAGUUGCCACUUGCAAUACAUGGAGAACAUGAAUUCUAGUGCUUCCUUGGUUAUGGCAGUUGUGGUAAAUGACAAUGAUGAAGAUGGGGAUAGUUCUGAUGCUGUUCAACCACAGAAGAGUAAGAGACUCUGGGGUUUAGUAGUUUGCCAUCACACUACUCCCAGAUUCGUUCCUUUCCCUCUUAGGUAUGCUUGUCAAUUUCUGGCUCAAGUAUUUGCGGUUCAUGUGAGCAAAGAGCUAGAGAUAGAGUAUCAGAUUAUUGAGAAGAACAUCCUGCAAACUCAAACACUCUUGUGUGAUAUGCUGGUGCAAGGUGAGCCCCUAGGCAUUGUUUCACAAAGUCCUAAUAUAAUGGAUCUUGUGAAGUGUGAUGGAGCAGCCCUGCUAUAUAAAAACAAGGUGUGGCGAUUAGGGGUAACACCAAGUGAAUCUCAGAUAAAAGAGAUAGCUUUGUGGCUCUUUGAGUGCCAUGAGGAUUCCACAGGUUUUUGUACAGAUAGCUUGUCUGAUGCAGGCUUCCCUGGGGCUGCUGCUCUUGGUGAUAUUGCAUGUGGAAUGGCAGCUGCCAGAAUAGCUUCCAAAGAUAUACUUUUCUGGUUUCGGUCUCACACAGCCUCAGAAAUCCGAUGGGGUGGUGCAAAGCAUGAGCCUGGUGAAAGGGAUGAUGGUAGGAGGGUGCAUCCAAGAUCAUCAUUCAAGGCUUUCCUUGAAGUUGUGAAGACAAGGAGCUUACCCUGGAAGACCUAUGAAACGGAUGCCAUUCAUUCGUUGCAGUUAAUACUGAGAGAUGCAUUCAAAGAGACACAGAGCAUGGAGAUAAGCACAUAUGCUAUCGAUACAAGGCUAGGUGAUUUGAAGAUUGAAGGAAUGCAAGAACUGGAUGCAGUGACAAGUGAGGUGGUAAGGUUAAUUGAAACAGCAACGGUGCCAAUUUUGGCGGUUGAUGUUAAUGGGAUGAUCAAUGGAUGGAACACAAAAAUUGCUGAGUUGACAGGUCUUCCAGUUGAUGAAGCUAUUGGAAAGCAUUUACUCACACUUGUAGAGGAUUUUUCAGUAGAUAGAGUCAAGAAGAUGUUGGACAUGGCAUUGCAGGGUGAGGAAGAGAGAAAUGUCCAAUUUGAGAUCCAAACACAUCAUAUGAAGAUUGAUUCUGGUCCCAUCAGCUUGGUAGUUAAUGCUUGUGCAAGCAGGGAUCUUCAAGAUAAUGUUGUGGGAGUUUGUUUUCUGGCACAAGAUAUAACUGCUCAGAAAACAAUGAUGGACAAAUUCACCCGAAUUGAAGGUGACUACAAGGCAAUUGUACAGAACCCAAACCCAUUGAUCCCUCCAAUAUUUGGCACAGAUGAAUUUGGUUGGUGUUGUGAAUGGAAUUCAGCUAUGGCAAAAUUAACUGGAUGGAAGCGAGAGGAGGUAAUGGAUAAAAUGCUUUUAGGAGAGGUUUUCGGGACCCAAAUAGCUUGUUGUCGCCUAAGGAAUCAUGAAGCUGUUGUUAACUUUAGCAUUGUACUUAAUACAGCCAUGGCUGGUUUGGAAACAGAGAAGGUUCCUUUUGGUUUCUUUGCUCGUGAUGGAAAGCAUGUAGAAUGUAUUCUUUCUAUGACUAAGAAAUUGGAUGCAGAAGGUGUAGUUACUGGUGUCUUCUGCUUCUUGCAACUAGCAAGUGCAGAGCUGCAACAAGCAUUACACAUUCAGCGCAUAUCUGAACAAACUUCAUUGAAAAGACUGAAAGAUUUAACUUAUUUGAAAAGGCAAAUCCAGAAUCCUUUAUAUGGGAUUAUGUUCUCCCGGAAAUUGUUAGAGGGUACUGAGUUGGGAGCUGAACAAAAACAAUUUCUGCAAACGGGCAUUCGGUGUCAACGCCAGAUUAGCAAAAUUCUGGAUGACUCGGAUCUUGACAGCAUCAUUGAUGGCUACAUGGAUUUGGAGAUGGUUGAAUUCACUUUGCAUGAAGUUUUGGUUGCCUCCCUAAGUCAAGUCAUGACAAAGAGUAAUGCAAAAGGUAUCCGAGUAGUCAAUGAUGUUGAAGAGAAGAUCACAACAGAGACCUUAUAUGGUGAUAGUAUCAGGCUUCAGCAGGUCUUAGCUGACUUUUUAUUGAUUUCCAUCAAUUUCACACCAACUGGAGGUCAGGUUGUUGUAGCAGCCACGCUAACCCAACAGCAGUUAGGGAAAUUAGUUCAUCUUGCUAAUUUGGAGUUCAGCAUAACGCAUGAUAGUUUUGGGGUUCCAGAAACAUUGCUGAACCAGAUGUUUGGACGCGAUGGACAUGAAUCUGAGGAGGGUAUUAGCAUGCUGAUUAGCAGAAAGCUGCUAAAGCUCAUGAAUGGAGACGUACGUUAUUUAAGGGAAGCAGGCAAAUCAUCUUUCAUCCUAUCUGUUGAACUUGCCGCAGCACAUAAAUCCAACACUUAACAUUUUGGAAAUAAAACCAAACCAUAUUUUUUGUACAUCAGAAAGUGAAAGGAAGCAAGAAAUUUGCAUUCCUUGUUCAAUAUUUAACUCGUUAUUGAUUACCUUCUUGUAAGGUGAUGUAGAUAUGUAAUGUAUAAGUGUAUAACUAACUAUUUACACACUAUAGACCUGUUCUCAUCUACAGCAAUGAUGCUUCAUUUGCAACAAAAUGAAACAUAGGGACUAACUAGGAGCAUGUUAAAUGGCAUUGUUUUCUA